CGUCGUGUUACAACUCCGCUGCUGCGCUACUGUGUCUGAAUGCUGUGGGGAAAAUGCGUUCUCUAGCCCUCGUUCUCACGAGCUUCAACCUCCUGCAAGUCGUCGUUCGCUGUCAGGAAUUAUCGGUCAUCCGGCACGCCGAUGGAGAUAUUUUUACCAUCGAAGGUUCUUGCACGGAAGCCUGUACAGUGCUUAGCAGCGGGACCGCCAGUCCUUACUCUCGGAGUUCCUCGAGCUCGAGCCUGCUUGUGCCAAACAGUUCCUGCACGUGCCAGUGUAACUUCGACUCGCCUAUCUUUCGAGAGGAUCUUCACAUAUGCGUCAACGACAUCCACGAGUGCAACGUUGCUGGAUUUGUCAACAGCAACGGCCACGUGGAGAAAGUACCGUAUGUCUUCUUACCACAGCAAGGGCAGAUAAUAUAUCCGCACGCGGAGAUUCGUUUCGAAGGUGUGACCACUCCUGUAUGCGGGAUCGCCGGUGCUCAGCAAUUGGGAAGGACGGGAUGGUCCGAGUUGAGGAACCUCUCCAACGCCGAGCCGCCCUUCAGACUGUUCCGAGACGAGGGCAGAACGUUCCUUCAGUGGAUCGGCGAAGCUGGACUGAAAGACGCAGCGGAAGGACGAGUCGUGACAGCCAAGCUUGUCUGUAGAGACGCAUCACCGAAGUCAACAUUCUCUGGGGUUUUUACACCCUGCGUAGCCUUCAGAGUGGCCGGUUCGUCAUCAAAAAACAGCGUACGAGAAGUAAUGUUCUCGUCGACGUCCCAGGUGUCGCAAGGAUUAUCAGCUACGGAAUACACCGCCAUCGGUCUCUCCUCUGUAAUCUUAGCCCUCAUAUACGUGGCCAGCGUAUCGUUAUAUUUGCACAGCAGAAGGGCGAAGAGAAAAUCCAUCGAGGAAGCGAACAUCACUCUCGACGGCGGUCGAGACGGCGGCGGAUUGGUGAAGAGUAAUCCGUUGUUGGCCGCUUCGAGACACUUCGAGAGCGACACUAAUAGCGGACUCACUGAGAGCGAUUUAGGCGAGGAUCUUCCCGCGAGCGAUAACGAGCAAGGCUUCGAAAAUCAGGUAACGUCCGCGAUCGUUCAUCCGCACUGCGUGUAUCUGGAGCAAUCGGAAGGGCCCUUCCCCGCGGGUUCUAUACUAGGCGAGAGACUACCGGAAGAGGAUGUACGGGUCGUGGAGACGGCUGACAAUCCGCAUCAGCAAGAUGUACCGGUUCUUCCAGGUACUCAACGAAGGAAAUUGUACUUCAAUCCCGCGUACUUCGAUCGACAGCUAUUGCUGGCCCCACCUCCGGCUGCCAUCGAGUUCCUGCUCAAAAUCCGAGAAGUCAUCUCCAUCGCCAAGCACAAGAUGGCCGCGAAGAGAUUUGUUCCUACCCUCAUCGGUAUUCCGGAAGAGGAGAGCGGUUCCGAACGAUGCGAAUCGGCAAAAUCGAGCAGGCAUCAACAGAGAACGACCCCGAGCUCCGUCCAUGGUGGCUCGGCCGCGAAAUCGCGCAAAUCCCAACGGUGUACCGGAUGUCCCGGCUGCAGCGAGUCUCCUCGACAGCUUCCUGCUCUUCCUGUACCCGAUCUACCCAGCCACGGUGAGAGUAAGGUGCGCGCCUGGUUAGAAGACGUACGACCACCGCAGCGUCGCUGGAGAGACGCCGAGGACACGCGCAGGAAUUUCCAGGAAAACGCUCGAACGUUUGCUAGAAAUCUCGAGUACCUGAAGCAGCUGGCUAGACGCGAUUUCGGCGAUCCGGACGAUCACGCGAAUCUGAUCGGCAAAUCGGUGUCGUCGUGGAAAGAUAACCCGCCGAUGCUGAGGACCUUCCAGAAUAUCGCCGCUAGGAGCGAGAUUUUGGAGAACGACGAUCGUCACAGCGUGUCCAGACGGUCGACCAGGUCCAUGUUCGAGGGAACCGAGUACGAUCGUUACAACCGCGGUAAACGGGCGAACGGUAGACCGUUCCAAUUCGCCGCCGGUGACGACGCGAUAAACGCGAAAGUCCGCAAGGCCAUCGAGAAUUCUUUCAUCAAGCAGAUGGAGGAGAACGCGGCCAUGGAAAGCGAGACGAAGGAGAGCGUGAAAGACGACAGGAACAGCAAGAGUGAGGACGAGUCAGCGAAGACGGAGAGAUCGUCCAGCAACACGGACAAAUCGGAAAAGUCACGAUCUCAACAAUCGCAGAGCAAUCCCGCGCCGAAGAGAUCGAGAAAGUCGAAGGCGCCGUGCGUACCACAGUCGAAAGAACUCCCGGAUAUGAUCAAUGAAUUACCCGGCGCGAAGAACACCGCGAAGCGCAUCAUGGACGCCGUGAUACGCGAGAUGGUGGACGUGAAGGCGUUGGAUCAUCAUCACUCCGAUCGUACUGCCGCGAUCGGCGAUUACGAGGUGGACAGUCUGGAGCGUUCCAAGUGCAGUCGGAAAUCGUCGACGUCGCCAGACCAGUCAUCGACGGAUAAUCAAUCAAGUCCGGCCUUGUCUACGGCGUUGCCGAUGGACGAGGAGCUAACGAUGCAAAAUGCCGUGAUCAACACGCGAACCGGCGAGAUGACGAUGUCGAAGCUCAGUAAUCAGAUUCUUGCCGAGAGGAAUCGCUACAACAGUCUGCCGGAGCUGAUCAGCAGCCAGCGAUCAGAGACGUACUCGCUGGUGAGCGAGGUUUACGUGAACGACGGCUACGCCAGUCCGGCCUGCAGCGAUGACAGCGGCCCGGAGAUCCAAUACGAGCCGGAAAAUCCGGGUCAUUUGACCAUCAAAGUCCAGGACUCACCGGAGAAUUAUGUGAAACUUGACGAGUCCGAGUACGAGCCGGACACGUUGGACCGAAAACCGAUGAAGCUGCGGAUCAACGACGAUAUGCAGUACAAUCGAGGGGAAAUUGCCAACGAGAUUUACGUGGAUUCGUUGGAACGACCGGCUCAGAUCCUUCUCAAGAGCAGGGGCAGUUUCCGCGAUGAGAAUUCCCCGCUGCAACGCGGCCACGGGAGUCUACGGGAGAUCUACGAGGCGAGGAUUAAGUCGAGUUUGAAGGACUCGCACUUGACGAACGGCCACGACGCCGAAUGCCAAAUUAAUGGUGAGCCCGACGGUGUUCCCUCGUGGAAGAAGUGCAGGUACUUGACGCCGGACAGCAGACAAGCGAAGAGACAACGACAGCCGCACAAUCAGCCGGACGUGGUGCCGUUGCCGCCCACGGACGAGGAGAUCUAUCAGCGGCCGAAGCCACCGCGACGCGUCGAGGACGCAAGACUGCCGCCGUUAUCUCCAAAAAACGCCUGGGACGGGAGUCCUGUCGAAGCGGGUGACCCUACGGCCAGCAACGGCGCUCCUGUCCCGAAAGCUGAUGGAUACUAUGUAGGGAACCAGACCUGUCUUUGUGCGUCGCAGACUCAAGUCGACGUCGCGACCAAGUACGAGGUUUACAACGAGGAGCAUCGCGAAGACGUCGUUCCCUUAACAGGAACGAUGUUCUUCAAUGAGAGAUUAGGCGAAUGUACCGUGACGAACGGCUGCAGAGACUGCCCGUGCGAGACGCGGAUCGAAAUCGAAGUUCCUGGGGACAGGUGCAGGUUCUACGGGCAUGUGGCUUCCUCCAAGGAGGAAGUCUCGGUGCGGGGAACGAAGGUAACGCGAGAGAAGCGGUCCGUCACGGGCUCCUCUCAUCACAGGAGUUCCGCGAGGAGCUCCAGGACGCGAUCGUGGAGCAUCGACCAUCGCCAGGAGGACGAGGACAAGCUCCUCAACAACAGCAGAGCGCAGAACUGCUCCAGAACGAGACAGCUGAUGAAGGAUUUCUCGAAGAGCUGCGAUUCCAGCUCGAACGUGCCGCCGUUGGUGGACAAUCGGCGUGGUCACGUCAAGGUCGAGGACAGCGGCUACCUCAGCAGCACCGACAGCAACGGCUCGCACAAACGAUUGCUGAAGCACGAGGUGAGCAGCGUGUCCGAGGAGACCGACGAGACCGAGUCGGUAUGCGACGGCGCCAGCGAGAGCGGCGCCGAGAGCAUCGGCACCGACAGCGUGUUCUUCGGCAACUUUCGCAGACUGUCAGAAAUUUCCAAGAGCGCCGAUUCCGGUGUGGAUCUGGGAGCGAAGAAUUCGUCGUAUUACCAGCCACUGUUCGGCGCGAGGACCGAGACCGCGGUAGUUCUGGAGAGAGCGAAUUUCAGCACGAGCGACAGCGAAACCGAGAGUCUCGUCACCGUAUUGCCUCCAUGUAGCGGUCAGUGCAACAAGUUGGUGUCAUGAACGAUGCCGAAGUAUCUGAUUGAAAUAGAUGAUCUCUUCAUACCAUGGAUUCUCCGGUAGGUUCUGUACGGUAGGCAACGUAUAUUGGUACCGAAUCUCAGUAAAAACGUUGAUAUAAAAACAAAAACUUUAAAAUUAUUUAUAACAUCUUUUGCUCGCACAAUACGCAAUAAUUUCUAUAGGAGUAACGAUGGCACAAAGAUAAAAUAAUUGAUUAAUUCUUAUUUUUUUAUUAUGAAUGAAUUGUUAAGAGCACAUAUCGUGAUAUGUUAAUCUUUUACAUAGAAAUGUCAAAUUGUAAAAAGCAGAACAGCUUCUUAUUGAAAUUAUUUGUUUCUAAUAUAUUUUCUGUACUAGAUUUACACCGUAGCAAUGUUAGGAUGCAAUAUAACACUACUUUUAGAACGUAAGUGGAAAUCAAAAUACGAUUUGCCAUCGUACUUGAUAGGGUAUAGAAUAUUAAGUCCAGUUUAUUGAUAAGACAACAGAGUGCAUUUGUGCUAUUAAAUUUUCGAGAAUGAAUCUUGAAGGAUUUAUAUAUUCGCGAAAGAUUAAAAAUUCUAAUAAAUCGAAACGUUAGAUAAAUUUUAUAUCUUCUCAGAAAAGUUUCAAGGCCAGUAUAGGAGGAAAGUAAUUUAGAAAUUUAUUAUUAAAAUAGAUAGCUUACACGAUCACGAUAGUUUUAUAAAUAUUACAAUUAAACACAAAGCGCCAUGCGUGCUUAAGAGUUCAUCAAGCGGGUAAAUGAUAUAUUCUCUUCGCUCAAUCUAGAAAAAUAAUAAUUAAAAGACUUCUGUGCUUUAAUUAUUUUUUAUAUUAAUAUAUUUUUAAGCU